AUGGUGAAGCCCAAGAUCCGAAGUGUGACUGAUGCAAAGGAGGCAAAGGAGGCAAAGGAGGCAAAGGAGGCAAAGGAGGCAAAGGGGAAUGAAGUGAAGGCAAAGGAGACAAAGGAACUAAAGAGGGUAGCAGGGUCCUUAUAUCGAGUCGAAGAGAGUGAGGAUGAAGAAAUCGAAGGUGAAGUUGAAGGAGUUGAAGAUGAGGGCGCUGAAGAUGAAGUCGAAGAGGUCGAAGAUGAAGAGGUCGAAGAGGAGAUUGAAGAUGAAGGGGACAAGGUUGGGGAUGAAGAUAUUGGGCCAGCUGGAGCUGCUCCAGUUGAGGUGAUGUUAGUGGCCCGAAGACCGAAGCGAGCGAUUUCUAAAGACACACCCUCUGAAGCUUCCACAACUAAGAGGACUAAGGGUGGAUUCAUCUUCCAGCUGGAACAAGCAAAGGCUAGAAGUGCUGAUAAUUCGAAUCUCAUCGAAGCACUCCAAAGAGUGGAGGUGCUUGAGAGCAGGCUGGGAGAGAAACUCAAGGAGGUCAAGGCUGUAGUUGAGGAACUCAAGGAGGUCAAAACUGAUAUUCCAAUUGAGUUCAAGAAGCUCCAAGGGCUUCUGAAUAGGUUGCAUAAAGCUGCAUGAACAGAUGUCAUAGGAGUGAGUUGAAGGUCGAAGUGCGAAGGUCGAGGGAGUUUGGAGUUAUGCUUUAUAAAAUAUAAAACCC